GGGCCUGAAAUGGCAGUGUCGUCUUGUCUUGCUGUGGCCGCAGAAUGGACACCUGCAGGUAUCCCCUCAGUUACCUGAUCUCUUUCCUCCUUUUCCUGUUCCAUUCAGAGACAGCCUGCCAUCCCUCGGGGAAGAGACCUUGCAGGAUGCAAGUCUUCAGAAUCUGGGAUAUUAACCAGAAGACCUUCUACCUGAGGAACAACCAGCUGGUCGCUGGGUACUUGCAAGGAUCAAAUACUAAAUUGGAAGAGAAGUUAGAUGUGGUGCCCAUCGAGCCUCAUACCGUGUUCCUGGGGAUCCAUGGGGGGAAGCUGUGUCUGUCCUGCGUCAAGUCUGGCGAUGAGACCAGGCUCCAGCUGGAGGCAGUUAAUAUCACCGACCUGAGUAAGAACAAGGAUCAAGACAAGCGUUUCACCUUCAUCCUCUCGGACAGAGGCCCCACCACCCGCUUUGAGUCCGCCGCCUGCCCCGGCUGGUUCCUCUGCACAGCACUUGAGGCCGACCGGCCCGUCAGCUUCACCAACACGCCCGAAGAGGCCAUGACAGUCACCAAGUUCUACUUCCAGAAGGACUAGUGGUGGGCCCAGGCCACACUUCCCCCAUGCCCAGCACAUUGAUGACUCCAGAGACGCCUCUCCACGCUGCCCGUGGCCUCCUGGCUGUCGUGGGGGCUGGGAGGGGCAGCCUUGGUGGGGUGGGCCCUCGGAAGGAUGGCCGAGAGCCCCCGUGACAGGACUCUGUCACCAGCCCCUCAGCUAAGUGACCUCGAUGCUGCCUCCAUGGUAGUCUUUCUAACGUGCAGCUCAAGCCACAGCCCUGCUCCAGGCCUUCCAGCCGGGCCUGUGCCUUCCGGAUGGAAGCCAGGCUGCUCGGCCAGCUGGUCCUCAACUCUGCCCGCCAUGACUCCUUGUCCUCCUCCCUCGCCCUUUGCCUGUCCGCAUCCCGGAUCCCUCACACCCCACGCUGCCUCCCAAACCUUGUUUUGCAAACUGAGGCUGUUCUGUGAGGAAAACUCAGAGUCUGUGCCACAACGGAAGACAAGGAUUUCCUUUUUCUUUUAAACCAACUGCAUCCAUUCUGAAGGAGAGUCCUUUAUUUAGAGACUGUGGCCUUUCUGGAAAGGGGGUGGGGGAGGGGGAAAGGAGCUCUCCCUUUUGGUUUCCCUGUCUUAUUUUUGUAACACCCUAACCUGCAAAAAUGAGAAGUUAGUUUGUUA